AUGCUGUCCACGGUUGUCUCUCUGCUGGCUGCUGCCAGCUUGGCCUCUGCCGGUGUGGCCAAGGAGCCUUGCGCACCCUCUAAGCCCGUCAAGACCACCACUGCCUGGGAGUCGGUCUAUACCGCCACCGGCACUGCUGCUGUUGCCGCUGCUGCUGCCACGGCCAAGACCAGCAGCCCGACCAGCCACGUCAAGGGCAAGGCCUUUGACCGCUUCGUGGUCGUCUACUUUGAGAAUCAGGACUUUGACAAGGCCGAUGGUGACCCCAACUUCACUUUCUUCUCCAAGAGGGGUAUCAAGUUGACAAACUACUUUGGCGUCACUCACCCAUCGCAGCCCAACUACCUCGCCUCCAUUGCUGGCGACUACUUUGGCAUGCAGAACGAUGACUUGUACGCCACCGACUUUAAUGUCUCAACAGUCAUCGACCUUCUUGAAGAUCGUGGCAUUUCUUGGGGUCAUUACGAGGAAGACAUGCCCUACUCUGGCUACGAGGGUUUCAGCUACGUCAACACCAAGAACGGCGCCAACGACUACGUUCGCAAGCACAACCCUGCUAUUCUCGCCAACAGCGUAGCCCACUAUGAGCAGCGCCUGUCUCAGAUCAAGAACCUGUCUCUCAUCGACACUGGCAGGUCCAUGUUCCACAAGGACCUCAAGGAGAACAAGCUGCCUCAAUGGAUGUUCAUCACUCCCAACAUGACCUCAGAUGGACACGACAGCACCGUCGCCAUCGCUGGCCAAUGGGCCCGCACUUUCCUCGAGCCCCUUCUAAACAACAAGAACUUCAUGCAAAACACCCUGGUGCUUCUUACUUGGGACGAAAGCGAGACCUACACUACGCGCAACAAUAUUCUUGGCAUCUUGCUCGGUGACGCUGUCCCCAAGCACCUUGUUGGCACUACCGACAACAACUUUUACAACCACUACUCUGAGAUUGCUACCGUCGAGGCCAAUUGGGACCUCCACACUCUGGGUCGCUGGGAUGUUGGUGCCAAUGUCUACGAUUGGGUCGCUCAGAAGACUGGUGACCGUCUUCGCAAGUGGCCAUCCACCGACACUCUCAACAGCUACUUCUGGAAUGUCUCGUAUGCCGGAAUCUUCAAUGAGGAUGGUGGCAACCACGAGUACCCCGCCCCCAACCUGAAGCUUGACCACAGCUUCUCUGGCCGCAAAAUUCUCCCCUCUAUCAAGAAGACUUGGGAGAAGACCAAGCUUGCCUCCUACUACGCCGAUACCAUUGAGACCGCUGAUGGCCUCCACCCUCCCAAGGGCUACACUCCCGUCUCUAUCAGCGACUAA